AAAGUGUAGUCUUAUUUGAAUGAUAAUAAUACUGUAUUUGUGUUUUUGUGUAAAUCGUAUGAACACAACGUGAAUAUAAAUCCCAAUCAAAGUGGAGUUAAAAGAAACAAAAAAUUGAGUGUUUGUUGGACUUGUGAUCAGUAAGUCUUUAGUGGAGUUUUAAUUGAGUUUUCGUUUCGGUGAUAGAGAUUGUGUGUAAUAGUAUUGGUUGUGAUCAUCAUUACCAUUAAGAUGUCAAUAGUGAUAGUAAUGCUAAUAAGAGCCGUUUGGCUACUAAUCGGUCCAUCAGUCGGAUGCGAUGCGACAAACGCUGAAUCAAUAGUGGAUUUAAGUCAUCCCCUUAACAGCCAAACCCUCCAUUGGCCAGAAGCCAGAGAUUUCGAGCUCAGAGUCACUCAAAACGGAACCGUCAGACGAGGGGAGACCAACAUUUGGAUACAGUCGGAUGAAAUAUAUAUGGCCACACAUACGGGCACUCAUUUAGAUGCCCCAUGUCAUUUUUCUCGGGGAAAGUGGUCGGUGGCAGACAUACCAAUAAUAAACUUAGUGGACAGACCGGUGGCUGUGAUCGAUGUGGUGGCCCAGUCUGUGGCCACCCGUGACUACGAGCUGAGUGUCGAUGAUAUACAUUCAUGGGAGAAAAUGAAUGGACAAAUACCAGACAACUCAGUCAUAUUAGUGCGCACGGGUUGGGCCCGGUUUUGGCCUAAAAAGUUAGAGUACUUCGGAACGGAGACCAAAGAGAUACCGUUACUGCACUUCCCAGGAGUACAUCCCUCGGCCGCCCAAUGGAUUGUCGACAACCGGCAGAUUGUGGGCAUUGGUAUCGACAGUCCGAGUAUAGAUCACGGACAGAGCAAACAGUAUAAGUCUCACCAGAUAUUGAACGCCAAGAAUAUAUAUCUAUUAGAAAAUAUUGCGCAAACCAUUCAUAAACUGCCGGCCAUUGGGUCUUCACUGACACUAUUGCCCCUCAAAAUAGAGGGGGCGAGCGGUACGUCUGUCACCGUAAUCGCACGGAUCGAUGCCAAACACACAUCCAUUUCAGCCAAAUGUGCGCCCAAUUUAUCGCUGGCUUUCAUGCUCUCACUGUUGGCAUCAUUUGUAACAUUAAGAUAUAUUAUCUCUUAAAUUAUCGCAUCUUUUAUGUGAAAACAUUAGAUCUAUUAUUAUUACAGCAAACCAUUGAUUUGAUGUUUACUAAAU